AUGUCGUGUGGCGAACGGGAGACAACUUCGUGCGACGGCAUGGGUUUACUGGUUAUGCCUAGCAUAAAGGCAAAAAUUGAACAUGGAAGUUCGCCAUUGGAAAUAUUCCAUGAGUUUUUGAUGGAUGGAAUGUUUCAAUAUAUAGCGGACGAAACGAAUGACUAUGCUGAAAACCAUUCGCAGCAUGUCAGACCCGAGCAUGGCGUUGAUUGGUUUCCAACCACAGCGGACAAAAUCAAAGUUCUGCUUGCUCUGCUGAUACUGAUGGGCACCAUGAAGAAACCAACCUUGGCAGCAUAUUGGAAUCGGUAUCCAGCCACGCCGAUACCUUUCUUUCGGGAAAUGAUGCCAUGCGAUCGAUUUUUGGCGCUUCUUCGGAAUCUACAUGUCAACUCAGGCGAGAACCAGGAUGACAGGCUGCACAUAAUACAGCCUAUCGUUGACGAAUUGGCUGAAACUUUCAGAACUGUGUUUGUUCCCACACAGGACAUUUGUACAGAUGAGAGUUUGUGGAAAUUCAAGGGAUUCAAACAAUACAACCCGACCAAAUGUGCCCGCUUUGGGGUCAAGGUUUAUAAAGUAUGCCAGUCAACUGGCAGAGCCUAUGGAUACACGUGCAAUUACAUAAUCUACACUGGUCAGGACAGAUUGAAUCUUCCAGCGCCUACUCUAAUGUCAAUUGAUGUCAUGUUGUCGCUGAAUGAAAACUUGUUUGACAAAGGCUACAAUAUUUAUAUGGACAGCUGGUUUUCCAGUCCAGACUUCUUGCAGCCGCAGGCGAGAACUAAUGUCUGUGGAACUGUGAAGACGUGCCGGCCGAUCAUCACAGCAUAA